UUAUACAAUGUGAGUGUUGUGCACACUGGAGCAAAAAGAGAAAAAAAUGUUUGGGUGUAUUUGUCUUCCUGCUGGAGACAAAGGAAGCAAGAAAGCAGCAAGUCCUUGAGAACUCUGUCCACAGCAUAAAGCUGCGAUUCCGACAUACAAUGGCAACUGCAGGAAAGGUGAUUAAAUGCAAGGCAGCAAUCAUCUGGGAAGCUGGGAAAAUGCCUUCUGUUGAGGAGGUGGAGGUGGCACCGCCCAAAAGCCAAGAAGUUCGAGUAAAGAUUGUGGCCACUUCGAUCUGUCGGACUGAUGACCAUGUGUUGAAAGGUAUUUUCCCUCACCUAGAGUACCCGAUCAUUGGAGGUCAUGAAGCAGCUGGGAUUGUUGAAAGCGUCGGGCCAGGAGUCACUUGUGUAAAGCCAGGUGACAAAGUCAUUCCUCUUUGUGUCCCCCAAUGUGGAGAGUGUGCCUGCUGUUUGAGUCCUAAAGCUAACUGUUGCCUCAAAUCCCAUAUCUACAAACCUCUUCAAAACCUGAUGCCAGACAAAACCAGCAGGUUCACCUGUAGAGGGAAACAGAUUCAUCACUUUCUGUGGAUCAGCACCUUCUCCGAAUACACAGUGGUCCCCGUUGUUUCCAUUGCAAAAAUCAGUAAUGAUGCUCCUCUGGAUAAAGUCUGCCUCUUUGGCUGUGGGUUUUCUACUGGUUAUGGGGCUGCUAUUAAUAAUGCUCAGGUGGAACCUGGUUCCUCUUGUGCCAUUUUUGGCUUGGGAGGUGUCGGUUUGUCUGUCAUCAUGGGCUGCAAAACAGCUGGAGCAUCCAGGAUCAUUGGGAUUGACACUAACAAAGACAAAUUUGCCAAGGCCAGAGAGCUGGGAGCUACUGAAUGCAUCUCUCCUGAAGAUUUUGAGAAACCCAUUAAUGAGGUGCUGGUGGAGAUGACUGGGCUUGGUGUGGACUAUGCUUUCGAAGUGGCUGGACAUGUUGACACUGAGGCUACUGCUCUUGCAUCCAGCCAUUUUGGUCACGGUGUCUGUGUGCUGGUUGGGGCACCUCCCACAGGAUCCAAGCUCUGUAUCCGUCCUUUACAGCUCCUGACUGGCAAGAAACUUAUUGGAAGUAUGAUUGGAGGUUGGAAGCUGAAAGAUGCUCUCCCUAAACUGGUUUCUGAUUAUAUGGCAAAUAAAUUUAAUACGGAUGCAUUAAUAAGUCAUGUGUUGCCUUUUGAGAAAAUUGGUGAAGGCUUUGAGCUGCUAAACAGUGGUAAAUGUAUUCGCUGUGUCUUGUUGUUUUAACACACACUACCUAUUCUACAAAUCCUGUGCAUAUUGGGCCAAAUUCAGCAGAAUUUCAGCAAGCAAUAACAUUCAGUGUACAGAAUCUAUUGAGGUUACAUUUAAUCAUGUGGCAAGGGACUGACGGACAAAAAACAAAAAUCCUCUGUAUAAUUUGUAAUUCACAAAGUUUCCCUCUCACUCUCUGGUGAAAAAUUCUUCUGCCAGUUUUAAGACCAUUUGGUCCAAACUAAAUCUUUGCAAACCAAUUGAUUGCUACAGAGAUGACUUUCCAGCUUUUGAAAAGAUCAAGUUUUCUCAGUGAGAUUCUAUGCUUGAAAAUGUUAUUUUCUGGAUUCUUCUCGGCUUCUUUCAGAUCAUCUCUUUUCUCUCUCUCAGAACAAUAGAAAGGUCUAGAUAAAGUCUAGAAAACCUAGGACUUUCCAGAUGCUGUUGAAUUCCAGAUCCCACCCAUACAAGCCAGCCUAAGCAAUGGUGGGUUGUCUUUGGAAAAGUAACAAAUAAACAUUUCAGACAAAGCUUGGAAGUAAUAUAUUAUGUGCAAUGACAGUACUAGUGAACCUUUAUAAAUGAAAUUACUGGUGGUGCUAUUAUUUUUUGCCUAUGGAAUUUAUUACAUUUACUUUCUCCUCC